CGAGUGUUAAACCCUCGCCGCUAGAAAAACCCUAACCCUAAUUUUCGCCAUGGUUCUCACUCGUAGCAAGAAGAGAGUGACGAAAUCUCAAACCCCUCCGUCAAAGAAGGCGGAGAAGCCCCAGGCUAUGGCACUGAAGAGGAAGCCGGAGAAGCCCCAAUCUCCGGCAUUGAAGAAAGGAGCGGCGAAGUCCCAGAAUAAACCUCCAAUGAAGAAGCAGAAGAAGGAAGUCGUUGAGGAAGAAGAUCCUCUCGAAAACGACGAAGAAGUUUCCGAUGUAGAGUCAGAAGAGCUUGGUGAGUCUGACGGCGGAGAGGACGGGUCUAACGGCUUUUUCUCCGAUGAAAAUAAAGAAGAGAACGACGAAGAAGAUGAGGGUGAGGAGCUUUUGGGUGAUGACUUUCUUGAAGGUAGCGGCGAUGAAGAGGAACAUUCUGAUGACUCGGAAGAAGGUUCGGAUUCUGACUCCGACGAAGGAGAUAUUGAGAAGGAGUCGAGACUUAUUGAUGAGGAAGAAGCAAAGGAGGAAGCAGACGCUGAAGCUGAGCUUCUUGAUUUCAACAAGGAAGCUGGAGACGAUGCGUUUCGUUUACCAACUGAAGAGGAACUUGAAGAAGAAGCUCGUGGGCCACCAGAUCUACCUCUACUUCAAUCUAGAAUCAAAGAGAUUGUUAGAGCUCUGUCGAAUUUUAGUGUCUUGAGGCCAAACGGAGCUAGCAGGAAAGAUUGCGUUGAACAGCUCAAAUCUGAUAUUGCUUCUUAUUAUGGCUACAACAGUUUUCUUAUUGGAGCUUUGUUUGAGCUGUUUCCUCCUGUUGAACUUAUGGAGCUUAUUGAAGCCUUUGAAAAGCAAAGGCCUACAUCUAUCAGGACUAACACACUUAAGACUCGAAGAAGGGAUCUUGCUGAUGUGCUUCUGAACAGAGGAGUCAAUCUAGAUCCACUAAGCAAGUGGUCAAAAGUCGGACUUGUUGUUUAUGAUUCACAAGUGCCCAUCGGUGCAACCCCUGAAUAUUUGGCUGGUUUCUACAUGCUUCAAGGUGCUAGUUCGUUUUUGCCAGUGAUGGCUCUUGCCCCUCGAGAGAAUGAGCGUAUUGUGGAUGUAGCUGCUGCUCCUGGGGGUAAAACUACUUAUCUUGCCGCUCUAAUGAAAAAUACUGGUUUGAUAUUUGCGAAUGAGAUGAAAGUACCUAGGCUCAAGUCGCUAACUGCCAAUCUGCAUCGCAUGGGUGUCACAAAUACCAUAGUUUGUAACUAUGAUGGAAGAGAGCUACCCAAGGUGAUAGGUGAGAAAUCGGUUGAUAGAGUAUUGUUGGAUGCACCUUGCAGUGGGACUGGGGUCAUUUCGAAAGAUGAAUCAGUUAAAGUUUCGAAAUCUCUGGAAGAGAUAAAGCAAUUUGCUCACUUGCAAAAGCAACUUUUGCUCGCCGCUAUUGAUAUGGUGGAUGCCACCUCCAAAACUGGUGGAUAUAUUGUUUACUCAACAUGUUCACUUAUGGUUGCUGAGAACGAAGCUGUCAUCGACUAUGCUCUCAAAAAGAGGAGUGUUCAACUCGUUAAAACUGGACUCGACUUCGGCCAAGACGGAUUUACAAAGUUUAGAGAAAACCGGUUCCAUCCAUCUUUAAAGAUGACUAAACGUUUUUAUCCUCAUGUACACAACAUGGAUGGUUUCUUUGUUGCAAAGCUAAAGAAAAUGAGUAACAUGAAACAAGGUACAGAAGAUGAUGAGGAGGAGGCGUUAGGAAUUGUAGAUGAAGAUGGUGAGACCAUGGAAGGGAUGGAGAAACCUUCUGUUGCCAAGAAGCAACCCAAAGAAACUAAAGAAAGCAAGAAGAUACUUUCAAAGUUUAAGGUGGACAAAAGUGGGAAGAAAGAUAAGAAAUCAAAACUUAAAAUUGAACCUAAAAUAAAGAAGAAAAGGAAGAACAAAACUACAGUGAGGAUGGAGAUUUCUCAAGCUAGGGAAGAGAAAAGAAGAGCAAUGAGAGGGAAGUCGAAGGAGAAGCAAUGAGAGGGAAGUCGAAGGAGAAGCAAUGAGAGGGAACUCGAAGGAGAAGCAAUGGAUCAGUGAUUUUGCAUCAAACACUAUCAUAUACACUCAUGGUGAAAUUAAGGUUCCAUGUAUUGGCUUGUUUUUUUUUUAUAUUUAUUUACGAACUAUUUGUGUAACAUUACAAGCUAAAAACCGUAGAGAGCUACACUCUCUUAGACUCGAUGGAUAGAUCUUAUAUGUCCAAAAAUUUUGUUUCAAAAGUCUAGUGAAAUUGAGUGCUUGUGCCAG